CGUUCCAGGCGAGCGGAAAUAUCACCACCGCCUCCCGCCACCGCGCGUAGCGUUUUCUAACUUAGUAUUCUUUUCUUGCUUUCUUUACAGUUCCAUUUAUUGAUGGUUGUUCGUUCGUUCGUUGACAGAAAAUUAUCGCGAUACAAAUGCUACUUCCGUAUUGAUCAUAACUAUUUACCUCUUUCGGUUAGGUUUCGUGUUUUUCCCCUUUUCUUUUGUUAUUUUGCUUCUGGGUUUUUGUUACGGGUACAAAUAAACACAACCUACCACCAAACAUUUUUUUUCUACUAAUACUACUACUACGUAGUAGUAGUUACUGCAUAAGUUACUAAAAAAGCAAAAGAC